CCUGUACUGUGUCCGCAGUCUCUGGUCAUCUCCUGUACUAUGUCCGCAGUCUCUGGUCAUCUCCUGUACUGUGUCCACAGUCUCUGGUCAUUCCCUGUACUGUGUCCGCAGUCUCUGGUGAUCUCCUGUACUAUGUCCGCAGUCUCUGGUCAUCUCCUGUACUGUGUCUACAGUCUCUGGUGAUCUCCUGUACUAUGUCCGCAGUCUCUGGUCAUCUCCUGUAGUAUGUCCGCAGUCUCUGGUCAUCUCCUGUAGUAUGUCCGCAGUCUCUGGUCAUCUCCUGUACUGUGUCUGCAGUCUCUGGUCAUCCCCCCUGUACUGUGUCCGCAGUCUCUGGUCAUCUCCUGUACUAUGUCCGCAGUCUCUGGUCAUCUCCUGUAUAUGUCUGCAGUCUCUGGUCAUCUCCUGUACUAUGUUUGCAGUCUCUGGUCAUCUCCUGUACUAUGUCUGCAGUCUCUGGUCAUCUCCU